GGCGGUGCUGCUGUUUUGCUGUCGAGUCACCUCUGUGGGGAUGGAGGAAAACCAGCCGCUAUAAUGCUGCAACGGAGCAUCUCAGAUCAGGACACUUAGACACAAACCGUAGUUUAUCGUGAAUAUCGAACCGUUACCGGGAGGUUUUUUUUUUGGCAAAAAUGAUGGAGGAAAUCGACAGGUUCCAAGUGCCUCCUGUCAACGGAGAGACGCAACCUUUGGAUCCGGCAGCCUCCUCCAAUUCGGAAGCUGACGCUGAUGCCAAAGGAGAGACGGUGUCUAUGAACUACAAGCCCUCACCGCUGCAAGUCCAAAUAGAGAAACAGAGGGAUCUUGCCAGGAAGGGAUCAGUGAAGAAUGGCACUGUGGGUAGUCCUGUCAAUCAACAACCUAAGAAGAAUGCUCGGACAAGGUUGGUGGUGCCAAAUAAAGGCUACUCCUCUUUAGACCAGAGCCCAGAUGAGAAGCCCCUCGUGGCACUGGACACCGACAGCGAUGACGACUUCGACAUGUCCAGGUACUCAUCAUCGGGAUACUCCUCGGCCGAGGUGAGAUGUCUGAGGGACCAGCAAAUCAACCAGGACCUCAACAUCCAGCUCCUGAAGGACGGCUACCGACUGGAUGAGAUUCCAGAUGACGAGGACCUGGAUCUGAUCCCGCCCAAAGCCGUCAACCCCACUUGCAUGUGCUGUCAAGCUCCUCCCUCCACAGCGUGUCAGAUCCAGUAGCACCGCCCUCCUCUUUACGCAGGAAAAAAAAAAAUUACAGAGUGGGUUGAACAGUUUGCACACCUUUAGAAGCAGAAAAAGAAGAAGAAAAAAAGUGUUUGUAAAAGUAGAAGAUGGAGGUAGGUAACACCAAUGGGUCUUGUGCACGCGCAUUCCUCCUAUGGUUGGAUGUGUGCACCUUCUGCCUUGUAUGGUGAACUGCAAUGAUGGCACAAACAUGUGCUUGAAGGAAAAUGUCUUCACUUUUUUUUUUUUUCUCACAAGGACCAUACAGGACUGUUGAUUAGAAAUCGUUGGACAAAAGACGAAAUAAACACCUCUUAUGGAGAUAUGGAAUUAUUUCUUCUGCUUCUGGUAAAGGAUCGGAAUUUGUGCGGUUCCACACCGCCCUUGUCUGUUUUGUCUUCAUUUACUGUGUGUGUGUGUGUGUGUGUGUGUGUGUGUGUGUGUGUGUGUGUGUCUCCAACAUAAAGAUGUGUACGCGUGUGUACUACACAGCCCGAGAAGUGGCCUCAUCCAUUGGACUGCUCACCAUAAAGCACUAAAGGUAGUCCAAUUCUUAGUUUUCAAAUGUAACGUCUGUUUCAUCAUUGUGAGUAAAAAAAAAAAACCAAAAAAAAAGUGAAAGCAAAAGGUUUGCAUGUUUGCCUGUUUAAACUGCCGAAUGGCCAACUUGUGCAUAUAAUGGCUCACUCGUCAUCGUACCGUCGGACAUCAUUCGCCGUAAUAUAUUAUUGUUGUUCGUAUUAUUUUUUUUUUCUUUGAGGAGCCAUUUGUAAGGAAUGGCAACAGAGCAGUUUGUUAGCCAAUGACAACCCAGGCGUCGUUAUGAAAGGAGUAUCUUGUCCUGAGAAUUUAGCAAGAAAUGGUACAAAAUGCUAUCAUGUCAUCUCCGAAACAUCAGCAUCAUUGCACGCGCGUGUGGGCUAUGUGUGCAUGCAACAGCCUCCACAAAACUCUGAAGCUCCAAAAAAAUGGGUCAUAUUUAGCAAAAGGAACGUUAUCAUUUUAAAGCCAUUAUGGGUUAUGUUAUUUAUGGCAAGGGUCAUUUUGUCUGGAGAAUCUGAGCAUACAAAGUGUCUGUCAUUUUUUUUAUUUUUUUAUUUUUUAUAACUAGUUGCUGUGCAUUAGUUUUUGUACCAGAUCCUCCUAAUUUCUCAUGACAACCUCACUGGAUUAGAAAGUGUUCAAUGUGCAAUUUACUCCACUUGCUGUGAAGUUUAAUUUAAAAAAAAAAAAAACAUGACUUCGGUGGCCACAUUUUUAUUUUUUAAUUUUUUUUUAAUUUGAGUUUUCCGAGUCAAAGAAAGUGUAAAAUAUUUCAAGUUAUUCAGUUUUAUUUAAAGUGUGAUUUUUGUUGUUUUUGUACAUAUCCCACCUGAUGUACUGUAUAUUUUGGACAGAUAUCCAUAACACCUGCCAUAACUUUUUAUUGUCACUGCCAAUCACCUUUUUUUUUUCCACACGGUCGCUUUGUGUUUACGACGCAACUUGCAUUCAGUUAAAGUCAUUUCCCGGUAUGUGCUUUUGUGUGAAUUUGUCCUGAUAAAAGUGACCCGAAAAGACCAAGGCUUCCAAGUUUCUCAAAACAAUGUUGGUUUUGUUCCACUCCCUCGUGUGCCAAUAGUGACCAAUUAGCUGAUAUACUGUGUGCAUACGUAACACAACGGUGAAAAAAAAAAUGGUGUAUUGAAUUUACUCAAUUUUAUUUCAUCAAGUUGGUUGCAUGAAAUAAAAUUAUCUGGAUCAUGACAUAAUAUUUUAAGUAUUUAAAAAAAAGCUUUAAAAAUGAUCGUGUCGAUUGUGUGCAGCCACUUGACAUCAUAGAAUUGAGUGAAUUGAACAGUGUACUUGCGUAGCAACUUGUACCUGUCAGUCUUACCUUUAUACCAAACACGAAUUACAAUAAUAAAGGGACUUCUUGUGAUCAUGCUUCCUAACUUGGUUCUAAUGCUGUAUGUUGACACCCUUUGUUAAAAUUAAACUUACAUUGAGACGUACAAUAUACAUAAAAUAUCUUUUUGGGGUUAUUUAUGUCGUUAAAGUACCGCAUAUGAGGUCAUAUUUUGGUCUUCUGAAAUGGACAAAUUGUACAAAGUGCAGUGAGUGUCCGCAUACUGUCUGCCCAUUUUGGAUUUGACUAAAACCAAACUCGUAAGGUGCCAGCGUUGCUGCCAACUUCUGUCUACAGCAAACUUUUACAGUAGAUUGUGUCAAAGAUGUGUGUCAGUAACGGUAAUUCUGAUUCCGUUACGUCCAUAACGAUGCAUCAUCACGCAUAUUUAUUUGCAGUUGUACAAUUUUAAAUUCUUUUCCAACUCAACGACUGUUUUGCUUAUUAUGAUGACUGUACAAUGAUUCCAUUUAGACUUCACGCUGUUCAAGUUCUGUGUAAAGUGCAAAAUGUCCCCCCACCACCAAAAAAUAAAUAAAAGCUAGCUGAA